GGCCUGUCUAUAUUUAUUAUCGGAGUUUGCGCACUGAGCGCUUGCUUCCAUUGUCUGGCGGGCCGAGGCGAAGAUUCACGAGAGGAUCUGGGGGGUGGGCCACCCCGAUUUCCAGUACAGCAGCUUAGUUGGAGAAAAAAAAAAAUAAAACGCCAUCGCGGACAUAUUGCCGUGCCGCGACAACCAGACAGACAGCAACAGUUGUCACGAUUCCUGAGUCGAGAUGAGACGGGAGCGGCGGAGCGAACAUUGCGGCGCCGCCGCCGCCGCCGCCGCUGCUGCUGCUGCUCGACUGCCGCGUCCCUCCUACUGAGGCGCAACCUCGUUUAUCACCUGGAUCGGCGAGGGGGACGUUGUAUGCGUGCCCGUGUGUGCGUGCGUGUGUCAUCCUGGGAUAUCUGCGUCAUUUGGCGUGCCAGCCGUCUGUCGGUGCUGUCGGGGCUUGUCCGUGGGAGAGCCAGAUCCAGACGCCCGGGCUGGCCGAUGAUCCGCUCAGCGGGGGAAACGAGCUGUUGCGUCUGCACGGAGUCAUAGCUGACGUGCCUGCGGAGCCGGACGCACACAGGCGCCACAGGGUAGACAGACGGACGGACGGGCGGGCCGGCCGGCCGGCAGACAGACAGGAGCGAGAGGAGGGGGCGACAGCCUGUUACGGCUCCCUCGACCCUUUGCGGAUCGAGCCGAGCCCCCUCCCGCUUCGACCAACAACCCCCCCUUUUGUUGGAUGGGGGGGAAGCAGAGCACGACGGGGCGGUCCCGGGGUGCUUUUCCCGGCGUUUCUACGGAUGACAGCGCGGUCCCACCAUCGGCCCACUUCGGCCACUACCGAUCAAACGGCACCAUGGGCCUGCGGAGCCGCUCGGUGAGCUCCGUGGCCGCGAUGGGCAUCGAGCAAUCCCCCGCGGUGCCUUUCGGCUUUUACACCCCCAGAGGCACGGGCUCGGAUCGAGCCGGAGGAGGGUCAGGGAGCACACCCGCCGCCUCUCACGGAAGCGACUAUCAGGACAGUGGCGGUGGACGGCAUCACACAGACGGGGUGCUUUAUCUGGGGUCCCGGGGGUCGCUGGCUGACACCUUGCCCCUUCACAUCGCUCCCCGCUGGUUCAGUACGCACAGCGGAUUCAAGUGUCCUGUGUGCUCCAAAUCUGUGGCGUCCACUGAAAUGGAAGUUCACUUCAUCAUGUGUCUGAGCAAGCCCCGACUCUCAUAUAACGAUGAUGUGUUGGCGAAGGAUGCCGGCGAGUGUGUGAUCUGUCUUGAAGAACUGCAGCAAGGAGACACCAUAGCCAGACUGCCGUGCCUCUGUAUCUACCACAAAAGCUGUAUAGACUCGUGGUUUGAGAUCAAUCGGUCCUGCCCGGAACACCCGUCUGACUGACUGACCACAAGCCCGCUGACAAUAUUGUUCAAGGAGGGCUAAAGGUCACGCCGUGGUUAUCUGGACGCAGGUGCAACCAAAUCGGAAGAAGCAAUCAAACCAAUAUGUAUGUCUUGAAUCUUUCCCUAGGAAGAUACCUACUCGAAAUGAAGCAACCAAAUCAUUAAAAAAGUGGCUCAUCGUCAGACCUUCCUUUCUGCCAGAGACCUUAUAACAGUUAUCUGCUCAAAUAGACUGACUACAACCCCAACAGUCCUUCAAAGGGCUUCAUCUGCCUCAUCUCCCUCCCCAAACUCGUGCGUGGCCACUUGCCUCUCUCACGUGUUCAGAUCGUCCUCUCGUCAAGAUCAAGGUCUGCCGGUCUCCAGCCCUCCCCAUGGCCUUAACUUGGAAACAGAGAGGUAGCAGCCUGACAAAUGUGGAACAGAGACAGGAAUCACAUCACACCAAGAAAAGGGGACAGGAGCACAAAGGAAAAAAAAAAUAUGUUUGAAUGAACAAGAUCGAAUUAUCUUGUACAAUAUUCAGUGAGUCACUCAGUUGUCGGCGUCAUAACAUACCGGGCGCCUCGAUGUGCAGCCAUUCCAUUACCCCCCACCCCCCAUCCACCCCUCCCACCGAUGUGCUGUUCCUUGCAAGUUUUGAAUAAUCUGAACGCUCCUUAAAAUAGCGAGCGAAAUUGAUCUGAUUUGGAGACAUGUCAAUGUCAAGCAUAACAUCGAGGCAGAUGGAGGAGGAGGUCUGCCGAGAAACAGUCUGAGCAUGUUCUGCUCCAACUUCCCACUUGACAAGGAAGGCCAGCGGUGUAGUAACGCUCUCUGAAUGCGUAACAUUUUGGGGGUACUGUAACCCGGCUUUCGUGCAUGUGCGUCUGAGUGAAAGGUUGGAGACUGACUGGAACACUACUCUGUGUGCCUGUGUGUAGGUCUGCGUAUCCAAAUGUUUACAAGCUAAUGUUGAUGUUCCCUGUGUGUGACUGGCAUUCCUCCCUUUACUUUGCUGAUGUUUACAGCUACUGAGAAGCUAUGUGGCAUAUUGUACACAUUACACAUGUACCUCUUUUGGUUUGCCUCUCCAAUUUUUUUUUUUUUUUUAAUUUAGAUGAGCCUGAUUUUUCAAAUGUUGUUUUCCUUGUGAAAGCCUCAAGAGUGAAGAGCGUCUCAAUGUGUGCCACUUUUUGAUCUAUGCUGCUCUUCCUGCUAGCGUAGGUGAGACUGCUCAAAGCCGAAACAGAAACGUGAGCGACUUGGACCCCAAAAUAGACUGCGGUCCCAUUGUAGAGCAUUUCAAGGGGCUUAUUUGCUUAAUUGUUCAUAUUUAACACAAUUUGUUUAAUAUUACAAUCGUGUGAGAUAUUACUCACUCUUCAGAAUGCCAUGAGGUGAUAUAUGAAAAGACUACUCCAAAAGAAAUACAUGCAUAAACAAAGCUACUGUAAACACAUGUUGGAAUAAAUUGCGCUAGAUGAGAUUCUGCUUUGAUUUACAUGAACAACUUUUCAUUAAAUGUCUGAAUCAUG